GGCAGGUGACUAAGACGGCCGUUUUGUAUAUAUCGCUGUGGAGCGCGAACUUUCCGUCUCGACGGCAUUCACUCGACCCUGCAGCUGUUAUCUCAUCCACAUCCUAUGUCCAGCGCUCUUAACAUCCCCCCAUCCGACGCCACAGUCGAUAUCAAAAUCCUUUAUGCGGCCCUCAUCCGUAUAUCGGCAUUCCCAUUUAUGCACCCUGUGCUCCCGGGACAUGAACGAUUUGUCGCGCCGGCAUAUGUGUUCUAUGUGGAGCAUCCUACGACAGGAAAGAGAGUUUUGUUCGAUCUUGGUGUGAGGAAGAAGCCAGAGACUUCCGCACCUGCUCUGUGGAAGGGUCUGCAGCAGGUCGGUGUCGAAGUCACGGUGGAGAAGGACGUGGCUACUCAGUUGACUGAGGGAGGGGUCGACCUCAGUAGUAUCAACGCUAUUAUUUGGAGCCAUUCUCAUUUCGAUCACACAGGUGACCCCUCUACGUUCCCUGGUACCACCGAGCUAGUCCUUGGCCCCGGCACAAAGGAGCAUUUCUUCCCGCCCUAUCCCGAAAACCCUGAAGCGGUUCUCCUAGCGAGCGACUUCGAAGGACGCAAGAUAACAGAGCUCUCACCAGAAGAUUUUAAUCUCACCAUCGGCGGCUUCAAAGCCCAUGAUUACUUUGAUGACGGGAGCUUCUACCUCCUCGAUGUGCCAGGCCACUGUCCAGGACACAUGGCCGGCCUCGCGCGGGUCACUCCUACGACCUUCGUCUUCAUGGGCGGAGACACCUGCCAUCACCCAGGUCAAUUCCGUCCGAACCCCUUCAUUCAGAAGCAUUUGCCCUGUCCUGCGUCCCUCCUCGCCAACCUGUCGCACGAGCACUUCCCCAAGCACAUAGCUGACCGGAACACUGCUACACCGCUACUUUCGAUUCCCCCGCAGCCACCCACAGUAUACCACGACCCGCCGUCGGCGAUUAAGUCCAUAGAGAAGCUACAGGCAUUCGACGGGAACCCCGAUGUCCUAGUUGUCCUCGCGCAUGACGCCAGUAUUGAGCGUCUGCUUGAGCUCUUCCCCUUCAAGGCGAACGAGUGGAAGGCGAAGGGAUGGAAGGACGCUUCUUGGGACUUCCUGAAGAAAGAUAAUAAAGCCUUCAGAUUCUCUCCGGCGUAAGACAUACCGUGAGGAGGGUGUAAGUCGUGG